UGUGGUGUACGAAGAUAAGCAUGAAUGUGAAUGUAACGCAACGAAAGUACAGAAGAAAGAAGAAGAUUAGAUUGCAGACAACAACCAAAUCGAAAUGAUCAUGAUAAGGCUUCCCCUGCUUACCACGUCAUCGAAUUAUUAGUUUGGUGAGACGCGAUUGUCCUUUAGUCAACUCUUCAUCUUCUUCUACCUCGCAAAAACUGCAUCCCAUCAAAAUAUUGGCUUUCUCCAGUCCCUGCAUUUUCCAGUGAAUCUCUCUUGAAGUGAUCGCGUGUGCCUUUUGAUCGAGAACCUUCGCUAGUAGUAUUAGUCACUGCAUCAAUCUCUUGAAGUGAAUCUCUCUUGAAAUUAAGGCGUGUAUUCCAAUUGUGCGCGGGAGAGGUUGUACUGAUUUACAUGCAUAAGUAGUUGGAAAAUCAAACAUUGCAGCUAUGGCUACUACGAAGAUAUACAUCGUGUACUACUCCUUGCAUGGACAUGUAGAGAUUAUGGCACGUGAAAUACAUCGUGGAGUUAAUUCGGUUGAAGGUGUUGAAGCAACACUUUGGCAGGUGCCCGAGACGCUCUCCAGUGUCAUACUGCAAAAGGUGAAGGCCCCUCCUAAGGCAGAUGAUGUGCCGGAAAUAAGGCCAGAGCAGCUUGUGGAAGCUGAUGGCUUCCUCUUUGGCUCACCUUCUCGUUUUGGUGUGAUGGCAUCACAGUUCAAGGCCUUCUUUGAUGCCACCGAAGAGAUAUGGAAAAAGCAAGCGCUUGCUGGCAAACCUGCUGGAAUCUUCUGGAGUACAGGAUUUCAUGGCGGAGGGCAGGAGCUUACCGCAUUAACAACCGUAACACAGUUGGCACAUCAUGGCAUGAUUUUUGUGCCUCUUGGGUACACCUUCGGGAGCGGCAUGUUUGAGAUGGAUGCUGUAAAGGGUGGAUCAGCUUAUGGCUCUGGAACUUUUGCGGCAGACGGAUCACGUCAACCAACAGAGCUAGAACUCCAGCAGGCAUUUUACCAGGGUAAAUAUGUGGCUCAAAUUGCAAAGAAACUCAAAAAUUAAGAGGGGAGGGGGGAGUUUCGAACCCGGGACUCAUGGGUAGAAACUCAACGCCUAUCCAAUAAAAUAUUGGACCACAUGCCAGUUGCGCUUAAUUUCAAGAUGCUGUAUAUUUAUAUGUCCUUUCAAUGUGAAAAACCAAUAACCAUAAGUUGAUGAAUGAAGAGGUCCAUCUUCUUGCUACUUCCUUGAUCGUUGAUAUUGCAAGUUGUGGCAAGGGCUUGUCCUGUCUUGAGUUU